CACGAAAAAAAAUUAUUUAUAUUUGAACAGAAACAAUUUGUGGUUGGCUUGUACAUUGUGUCAUUAGCAAMCGAGAAUGUAAAAAAUGGCCUGAAAACCAGCUAGGAUUUUAGUCCAUGGCCAAUUUUCUGUAGCAUAGUUUUGUGCCAUCUCCAUCUUUGAACUCCUUAGAGAUCUUCUUUACGAUGUACUUAAGAARGGUCUUGACUGCAUUUUGCGCAGUUUUCAUAAUCAUUUUUUCUUGCUCUGUGACGAAUGCUCGUAAAGAAGAAAAGCGUAAACUGGAAAUAUUGCAUGCUGGAAAAUCAUUAGAAGAGCUGGUUAGCCUUGGAGCACAUGUUGAUCCGCAUGACAUCACUGUGAAUGGACUGGCUGAGACUAUUGAGCCUAAACUAAUGGAAGAAACACACCAGGAAAGACUGAUGCUUCAGCAAAACGGAAUCGAAGACCCAUACCCACUAGACGCCACCAUCGAAUACGAGCAUAAGAAGAAACUUCCUAAACCAAUCAUAGCCACAGAAAACAACCCUAAAGACAAGAGCUCCUUUAGCUAUGAAGACCCGGAGGACACACGUUAUGACUCRAAUGACAUGCCUGAAUACGAUGUUGAGACUAAGGCCGACUUUACGGCCAACCAGGAGGCAGCUGAUUGGCUGAUGCAUGACCCAAACAGAUUUAACGUAAUGCCUGAUGAAGAUACGAAGAAUUUGUUUUCUGAUGACAAAGAAUCGAAUCGUAAAACCAAUGAUGAUCCUAUAAGGCUUGAUGACAAAGACAAGCAAGAUUCGGGAUACCAGAACUUGAAUAAUGAUGAUAACCAGGAGAUGUAUGCAAAGAUACAAGAAUCACUGGCUCCUGAUAGCAACAUGGAGAAAAUCUAUUCCAAAUAUGAAAAGUUUCUUAAUAAAUUUGAUCAAAAACUUAAGGGAAUUAACAAAAAUGUCAAAGACGAAAAUGACUUUAGUGACGUUGGAAAUGACGUCAAUAAUGUUGCAGAAAGUGACGUCACGACAGAUGAAGAUAGUGACGAAAAUGAAAAUAAUGCUGAUCCUGACGCGAAUAGUCAAAGGAUCAAUGUGAUGACUUCGCUAGAAAGCAGCUUUGAAGGUGACGAUAAUAAAGCGAAAACAUCAAAAGUAAAAGAGAUUGUUUCGGACGAAGAAUCGAAAAUAAAAUUGUUAAAGCAUUUACAAGAAAAGAUCAAAAUGAAUGAAGAAAAGGAAAUUGAAAACAGAAAGCAUGAGAAAGAUUCCACUGCGUCAUCGAGUGGCAACGGGAAGAUAAAUAAAGCAGACAGUGCUCGUCAUGACAACAAAUUAGAUGAUCAAAGAAACACAUCGUCUGGGAAAAGUGGCUCAUUUCCAUCUGACGAAUCGCCAACCAAUGUUCUUCCUGUAUUUCGUAUAAGCCACCUGCACAAACCGAUCACGGAAAGCCAAGAACGUGAUGUUAGUCCCAGGGUCGGUGCUUMUUCUACAGAAAAAGGCACGUCAAGACAAAAUGUUGAUAUCAAUAGGGGAUCUUUUGGUAUGAGUAGAUUUUCACGACUGUAUCCGAGCAAUAAAUACGGCGGCAUYGCGCAGAUGAUGCUUAGUACACCCAGUUAUGAGCAGCCACGUGUACAAGGGAUURAAAGUCUAGUGCACGCGAGUCAAAAGAUGCCACGACCGCAGUUACAUCCACAAGACCCUGAAGAUGGAAAAGGAAGGCAUGGUAUACCCACACGGUUCGGUGAGUGGAACGGAUGGUCCGAGUGCUCGGUGUCGUGUGGCAGAGGCUCGCAAAUAAGAGCAAGGAUAUGCCUACAGCUUCCUUGUCAGAGCAGGGACUUGUAUCAAACAAGAAAAUGCACGAGAAAUAUUUGUCCAGGAAAAUGGCGGAAGGAGUCACUGAAAGCUCACAACAUCAUYCGUGCCCUACAUCACUCGCCGCCUCUUGUAUGGUCGAACUCGCUCGCUCAAAAAGCCAAACAACUCGCAGACAACUUGGCUUCUCGAGAUUAUAUCGGCUCACAAGAUCUCCACGAAGAAAACGGCGAAAACAUUGCACAAUUACGURACAUAAAAGGCAGUGACUCACUUGCACAGAAGGCGGUGGAUCUGUGGUACAACGAAAUUAAAUCUUAUAGUUUCUCGUAUCCAGAAAUGAAUCGUGAAAACAAACAUUUUAUCCAAAUGGUUUGGAAAAAGACUAAGACUCUCGGAAUGGCGUCUACGCAGAGUCCUAGUGGAGAGUAUAACUUUGUUGUAGCUUUGUAUGGAGGACCUGACAUUGAUAAUAAACUCUUACAUGACAACGUGUUUCGUGCAGGGCAGAAACACGAUGUCUAUACGACAUUCAAGAGAAGUAGGGGACCACAUUAGACAAGCUAGAGAGAAAGUAAUAGCAUAAGAAUAUUAAACAACGGAUAUACGAACUAUUUGUAUGCUGAUGUUAACGGUAUAUAGAACCCUUGCAGCACGUCAGAAUGCUGCUCAAUUUGGAGGACAUAACAAUGGGUUUAUAAUUCUCAGGAC